AUGAAAAGCAAAAAGAAAAAAGAUAAAAAGUUGGAGCAAAAAAAUUUGCUUAUAAACAGAUCUUUGCCGAACCUAAAUGCAAUAGAAAUGUUUAUCUCAAAAGACCAACUGCCCAAUGGAGCUGAAAUAAGAUUAGCUUUAGGCGUAAGAGGCCAUCUGAAUGAAUUUACAACUUUAAGAUUUGAUACUGAUGCCGCUUUUAACGAGUUAUAA